GAGCGCACCGCGGCACCGGCUGGACCAUAAAGCCGCUGUGAAUGCAACAUAUGCGUUGACAGCAAGCAUGGCAGGCGACAGCGAAACCCGGCUGGACAAUCAAGCCGAAAAAGAGCAUGUUACCCGGCAACCUUUCCUCAUUGGGGUGGCUGGGGGCACUGCCAGCGGCAAGUCGUCAGUAUGCGGAAGGAUCAUGGAGCUACUAGGGCAGAACAAGAUCGACCACCACCAGCGGCAGGUGGCCAUCCUCAGCCAGGAUAGCUUCUACAAGGUCCUCACGCCAGAGCAGAAGGCCAAAGCCCUCAAGGGCCAGUUCAACUUCGACCAUCCAGAUGCUUUUGACAACGAGCUCAUUGCAAACACCAUGUGGGACAUCAUGGAUGGCAAAACCGUCCAGAUUCCGGUGUACGACUUUGUCACUCAUUCCAGAAAGGAGGAGACUGUUACUGUUUACCCAGCGGAUGUGGUGUUGUUCGAGGGCAUUCUCAUGUUCUACUCUCAGGAUAUCAGGGACCUGUUCCAGAUGAAGCUGUUUGUGGACACAGACGCAGACACACGAUUGUCUCGUCGGGUGUUGCGUGACAUCAAUGAGCGUGGUAGGGAUCUGGAACAAGUACUGUCGCAGUAUAUCACAUUUGUCAAGCCCGCCUUCGAGGAGUUCUGCCUGCCUACCAAGAAGUAUGCUGACGUCAUUAUUCCUCGCGGGGCUGACAAUAGUGUGGCCAUAAACCUGAUCGUGCAGCACAUUCAGGACAUUGUGAACGGCGGGCUGACCAAGAGGCAGAACGGCUUCAUGAACGGCUACAUCACCCCCCGCAAGCGGCAGCCGUCUGAGUCCAGCAGCAGACCGCACUGACCUCACCGCCUCUCUCGGCUCCGCCACAACCAUGGCACAUCGAGAGACAGGAAGUGGUAGAAGAUGAGGGAGGAGGAGGAGAGGGAUGGAGGGAUGGAGAAGUGGAAGGAAGGAUGGAUGGAUGGAUGGAUGAUGGAUGGAGGGGAUGAAUGGGAUAUGUAAAUAUUACAAAUUAUCCAACACUAUUUAAAACACACACAUACAAACAAGAAAAUUGCAAAAGCUGCAAAACUGCCUUCUUUUUUUUCUUUGGGAUGAUGACAGAAAGAUGAAAGAUCCUUCCGUGGGACUUUUAGUAGGUCAGAUAUUACAUUUUUUUAUCCUCUUGUUUUUAUUUAUGUUUUACCUUUUUUAUACAUUCUUUUCCAUAUGCAGUGAGGUGGGUAGGGAUGGAUGGAUUAGGUCAGUGUCACGAUUAUUUUUUUCUGUAAUUUAUUAUUUCGCUAUUCUUUUUUUGCUUGCAUUACAACACUGAUGUGUUCAAAAGAGAAAAAAAUACACAAAGAAAUAUGUGAACUUGUUAUUGCAGUUCAGUGACGCAUCUGAAAUGCGGUGAGUUUUACUCAGCUGGCCUUGCCAGAGUAUGGCUGGAUCUGUAUGAAGCUGUUCCGUAUGCUGUUACCGUGUACUGUAUUCCAUUCACAUCUUAACCAUGUCUGACGCAACUCCACCACCCUCAAACCCUUCCCUCCAAAUCCACUACCCGCAUAACACAAGCGUCAGGUAUGGGAAUAACUGGAAGUGUAGCCACUUUGGCAGAGGUUCCACAUACUAUUUCCUCUUCAGUUCCCUCUCCUCUCGCCGUCCCUUUGUUGUUGUCUCUCCUCCGUAGCCUCCUCUCUCUGUCACAGCUGUCCUGGCCACGGCAGUUUGUGAGCUGCACACUUGUUUUUUGUGUGUCCCACCUGUCCUCCAGGGAGACGUUUGACAGUCGCCAAAAAAAAAAUUAAAACGAAAACAAAACUCUCAGGCCCUGAGUUAGGUCUGGGUGUCGUCUCAGGUGUAGUGCCUAGUGUGUUGGUGAACUGAAGGCCAAGAGAGGUGACUGAAUAGAUGGGAGACCGUGUAUUGUACAAAAAAACUUCAGACUUUGGCCCCGUUGUUUUGUUGGAGUAUUUAAAAGAAGGAAGGCUGGGUAUUACUUGCAUGACAGCUAGUGUUAUUUCAGUUUUGGAUCAGCCCACUGUUAUUUGUCUGUCUUUCUCUUCUUUUUUAAAGAAUUUCUUGGUUUUGUUACUUUUUUUAAAGCUCCAAAGAAUGGUGUUUUUUCUGUUGUCUGUUCAGCCAGUUUUUCUGAGGUCCUGGGAGUUUUCGUGAGGUCAGCUCUAAAGUUAAAUUGACCAUUUGUUGUCCAGUCAUAGGUAUAGAUGUGCAGGAUGUCCUUUAUAUUCAUUUCCACAGUCCUGAGUGUUUUCUUAACCAUAAACAACAUAAACUGUGAUACACUGGCAAAAAUAUUCACAUUUCCAUUGAGCUUGGUAAGUAAAUGAACAAAAGAUAGAACUCGCCAAAGUAACUCCUCAGUAUUGUUGGUCAAGCCUAGCAACAGGACACCGGGAAACUGACUUCUUUUAUUUUCCUUAUCUCUCUCAGGACAGUGGCUAUCUGCUUACUUUUUGCCCACUUGAUUUUGUUUUUCAGUUUUAAAUGUGCAAAAGAAACUUUCAACUAAAACGUCCACGUCUCUCUGAAUAUUAAUACAAGAACAUUGAACACUGUUUUAAACGAACUGACGUCCGUAUAUUGAAAAUGAUGGCUAUUGAACAGGGUAGUUAAUUCGUAUUCUCAUUGAACUUGGCUGCUUUGCACUUUCCAAAAAAAAUAAAGAAAUGAAUUAUUAUAUAUUGAUGUGUAAAAGUCAGAAGUAAAGGUAUUUCACAUGAGAUGGGCGCCUGAAAUCAGGACCAGGUUACCCAAAAGCUGGAAGCAAUGAUGAAUGAUGAUUUGUAGAGUUAGAUAAAGCCUAUGCUCCUCUCCCUCUCAAUGACCAGGGUGGAAGCCUGUUUUUCGGGGUUGCACCCGGAUAAAAGUGAAAGAUAUGGAAAAAAUGUUUAUAUGACCCAAUAUCAAGUACUGUAUACCUUUCCCUUUUUGGUUCAAAAUUGGUUACGUCAUUGUUUUGGGGGAUAAUAACCAUCGAUAUUCAUUGGCAAUCCUCUGAUAAUGUAAAUUAUCCUAAUGCAAAUAAGUGAAAUUUUCUGUUAUCAAACAGAUAUGCAAUGUACUUUUGAUAUUGAGCUCAAAACCUGGCCAUUAUAAACAAAAAGCCUGCAGCUGUUGUUGUUUUUGUUCCAGGGUGACGUUGGCACAAAUACAUUAACACACACACACACACACACACACACACACACACACACACACACACACACACACACACACACACACACACACACAGUUUGCCUCCAUUUGCAGAGUCAAAUGAAAGCAGGUAUCCUAAACUUGAUCCUCGUCAAAUGCACUUAAAUACAGUUGUCUGUCCGUUCCAUAAACAGUACCAGUCAAUAUUCAUUACUUAACCAGGGCUGCGUAGCAAUGAUUCAAGCCACCAGCUUUGGCGCCACAUAACAGUCUGCCUUAUAACAGUAGGCCCUCACUACAUUCAACACAAAAGUUCAGCCAAAUUACUCCGACACCCACAGUAAUGUACACUUAGCUGAGCCUGCUUUGCUAUUGACCUGGACAUCAUGUGCUCACUGGUGUGUACCAUUGAAUUGGUUGAUAUAUUGGCUGACAUCUACUGCGUUUUGAAUUAUUUCUCAAAUGGUCAAGCCUGUCAAAGAAUGACAAUGUUGUUUGUUCUGUAGGCUUGCUGACACUCUAUGUACAUAUGAAUUGUAUGUUUAAAUUCAGCAUCUGUGAUUAUGUGUGUAUAUUUGCUCUCGUUUGAAGACAAAACUGAACUUGAAAAUUGUUUGUAUUGUUCCCACAUAAACUUCAACAUUGGUAAAUGUCCUUUGCCUGAAGCACUGUAUUGGACUGUUUGGAGGUGUUGCAAUGGCUAAUAUUACAAAAAAUAAAAGUCUUUGCUUCAGGUUUAGUCAUGUGUUACAGUAUCAAUCGGGGCCUUUUGAUUUGUUUUUAAAAGGAGAGAAAGUUGUAGUUGUGCAUUGGUCAAUUAUAAGAUGAUAACGUUUGUGCACAGUGGGAAAGAGCCUGUGCUUCACCUCCACAGUGCUUUGCUUUUUUGGGUUUUUUUUUUUCUCUUGGUCACUAGCUAACUUGACAUACACUUGAGCAGUGCCACACAAUAUGUUCUUUUCCCCAGGAUAGUUCACACCCCUGUAUCAUUUUGUAAAUGUGUACAUGAAUGCAAUGUGUGUAGUCAAAUCCACGAAAAGCUACUGAAAUUCAAUGAAUCUAAUAAACUUUUAUACUAUG